AACAAGACAAUGAAAUUCUUCCCAUUCCAUUCUUCUUCUACUGGUGAUGUAUCAUCGGAUGUUGAGAUCAAACAAUUGUUACAACAAGCUGAGUUUUGUAUGAUCUCCGUACCUAGUAUCGGAAAUGUUGGACAAUUGGCUAUGGAUUUUAUGAUUUCAACUUUUUAUAAUUCGAAAUGUGCUCAUAUUAGUAAAUUGGGAUAUUUAGAGACAGGAUUCUUGUUGCAUUGUGUUGGUAAUGAUCCAUAUGUUCAUCAUAGAGAUAAUCAUGUUGGAGAGGUGCACUCUGCUCUUGAAGUUUACUCUUUGCAAUUCCACACUCCUGGAAAACCAGAAGAAAAAGUUGGAUCAAAUAUUGUUUUGAUUCACUGUCGUUCUAUUAUAAUUUAUCCAACACUUUUUGUCAGAGAUCUUAAUGAGUGGUUAGCUCAAGGAAAUGAUGAUUACUUUUUGAAGAGUUUGCAAAAUCUCAUUAUUUUGAGCUCUGCUAAUGCAGGAUUGCAAGAUGAUAGCUUUAUUCAAUUUUUACAAGAAAAGCCACUUGAAUUUGGUUUGGCAACUCUCUCAUGUGAUGUAAAUGUAGUAGAUGAAACAACCUUCCCACAUGAUCAAUAUCUUUCAAAUAUUCCAAAACUCGACAGACAAAAGUAUCCACUAUUUGUUUCAGGUGUAAAUGCUAAAUUAAUGGAAAAUCAAGAAACUUUUGGAAAGAAUGGUGAAAGUAAUGGACAAGUUAGAAAGUUGAACAGAGCUAUUGUCUUUAUGAUUUGUAAUGAAGGAGAAAACUCAAUUCAUGGUACUGCAUUAUGUAGAGUUGUGACUGGAGAAAUUAUUUUACCAUUUAUCAAGAACAAUAAUAAGGGAACACUUCCAUUUGAAACAUUGGACUCUAUUGAAUGGAAGAUUCCACACAGUUGGAGACAUUUCUAUGGUAAUCCAAUUUCUGAUUUAAAUUUGUACAAUUAA